UGCUUAUCACGUCUAUUUGGCCAAUUAUUAUAGUAGUGAUCAAGGGUCCAGAAAUCAAAUCUGUUAUCAAACUAAACCAUAACCGUUAGAUAACAGAUGAAGCAUUUGAUGAUUCCCUGAUUCUCUCCCUUCCCUUUGAUCAAGUCUCUUCCUUUCAAGCUCCUAUUCAAUCUGAUCUCAAAACUCUCUAGUUACUAAAAAAGAGAAAGAAAAAUCCCAUUUUUUUGCUCAUUUCUUCAUGUUUGAGACUGUAGAAUUCCUUUCUUUAUCACUCAAAUGCAUCUUUGACACCAAAAAUGGAAUCCCAAUUAACCCAGAUUAGAGAAGGUUGGUUUCUUUUCAAUCUGGUAAGCUAAUCCUUUUGUUAUUUUUUAAACUGGGUAUCUGGGAUUUUCUUUUCUUUUUGGAAUUGCAUUAUGAAUUCAAGAGAUGGGUUUUUACCUGAUGAAGUUAUUAUUCAAGUUCUCGCUAGAUUGCCUGUUAAGUCUUUGUUUAGAGCCAAAACUGUAUGCAAACUUUGGUACAAAUUAUCAUCAGAUAAGUAUUUUGUUCAACUAUACAAUGAAGUAGCAACUAAGAACUCAAUGGUAUUGGUAGAGGUUUCAGAUUCACCAGAGUUGAAAUCUAGCUUAAUUUGUGCUGAUAAUUUAAGGGGUGUAUCAGAACUUUCACUGGAUUUCUUGAAAGAUAGGGUGAAAGUCAGGGCCUCAUGUAAUGGCUUGUUGUGUUGCUCUAGUAUCCCUGAUAAGGGUGUUUAUUAUGUUUGUAAUCCGAUGACCAGAGAGUUCAGGUUGCUUCCCAGGAGUAGGGAGAGGCCUGUGACGAGGUUUUAUCCUGAUGGUGAGGCUACUCUCGUUGGUUUAGGUUGUAAUUUAUCAGUGCAGAAGUUUAGUGUUGUGUUGGCUGGUUGUCAUCGGUCUUUCGGUCACAGGCCAGAUGGGACAUUUAUAUGCAUGGUAUUUGAUUCGGAUACAAAUAAAUGGAGGAAGUUUGUAUCUUUUCAAGAUGAUCGUUUUACACUCAUGAAUAGGAACCAGGUUGUUUUUGUCCAUGGUUCGCUUCAUUGGUUAACUAGUGGUUGUUCGUAUAUACUUUCACUUGAUUUGAAUUGUGAUAUUUGGAGGAAGAUUUCGUUGCCAGAUGAGGUGAUUUACAGGGCGGGGAAUAGAGCGCAUUUGUUGGAGUUGGAUGGGUGCUUGUCUGUGAUUCAGAUAUCAGAAGCAUGGAUGAAAAUUUGGGCGAUGAAGGACUAUGAGAGUGAACAGUGGCAUUUGGAGGAUAGGGUGAGCUUGAGAUGUAUUAGGGGAAUGGUACCUGGUAUUUUCCCAAUAAGCCAGACGAGAGAAUAUGUUUUCCUGGCAACGUAUAAGCAGGUUUUGGUGUAUCAGCGGAAGAGUAGAGUGUGGAAAGAGAUGUAUUCUGUGAAGAACAGUUCUCCACUGCCAUUGUGGUUCUCAGCACAUGCCUUCCGGACCUCAAUCUUCUUGUGUAAUUAAAAAUGUGGUCUGUAUUUGAUCAAGUUUAUGCGCAGAAAUUUAUAGGUUCCAGUAUUUCCACAUUAUAAUCAGGAUAAAUAUUCAUGAACUAUGUGAUUUGUUAUGGUGUUAUCGCUUUGGCUUGGAUCUUUUCCUUCAUCAUGAAUAAUUAGCAAGGUAAAUUUUCUACUUGUUUA